UUACCUCAGCUUACACUUGGCUUAGAUAACAAAUUCGCGUUCGGUCGUACUACAUCUUGACACUGUACCUAUAAUCUAUUCGAAUUUGGCUAAAAUAUUUGAAAUCUGUGACACUUUUUAAUUAAGGCAGGCUUACAUACGUAAUAUUCCUAAAUUGAUUUCGGGAGUUGUUAACGAGUUUUUACAAGUACAUAUAAUAAUAAUGUGGCGAAUGUCAAUGUGCUGUGAUUCAAUUAUUUCCAUUUUUCUUGUUUUGCUGUCGGGACAUCUUUGCAAUAGUCAAACGAGAAAUAGGCCUAUCACAAUUCACAACUGUACCCAAUCAGGACAGCUUUGCGUAGUGCAUUCAGAAUGUUCAAAUUCAAGAUCACUUAUAAUCAGUGGACGAGCUAAACUAUGUGGUUUCCAAGACGAAGUUAAUAAAAAAGGCUCAAAAAUAUGCUGCAAUUCGACAAAUAUCAUCAAGACCAGGAAUUCCACAGCAGUAGCUUUGCAAAAAUGCAAAGAGUAUGGAAAAUACCGUUUUGUGAAAAAAUUGAUGCAACCUGACUUACCUGGACAGGAAGACUACUAUUUCGACGUACCAGACUGUGUGAAUGUGCAGGAAUUGGUUGUUGGAGGAAUCCCAGCUCAACCCAAAGAAUAUCCUCACAUGGCUCUCAUAGGAUACGGAUCAGACCUCAAAACCGUUACGUGGAAUUGCGGUGGCAGUCUAAUCAGCGAAAAUUUCAUCAUGAGUGCUGCACAUUGUGUCAAAACACAGCUGGGUCCACCACGAUGGGUGUUACUCGGAGAAUUGGACAUAUCUUCAACUACAGAAGACGCCAAGCCAAAAAUUUACAGCAUAGUCAAAGUUCACAACCACCCGCAAUACAAUUCGAAAUCACUCUACUACGAUAUUUCGCUUUUCCAGCUCAACACCACUGUCGAACUUGGCCCUUAUGUAAGGCCUGCUUGCCUAUACACCGCAAGCACUGAUUCACUCAUCAAGUUUAGAGCAAGCAUUACUGGCUGGGGAAGAACUGGCGCAGCCGAAAGGUCUAGCAACAGCUUACAGAAAGCAACUAUAGGCAUAGUCGAUCAUCAAAAUUGUACAACCUCAUUUGAAGCCAGACCUACGUUAGAGCGUGGUUACGAUUCAAAAUCCAUGAUUUGUGCUGGAGACAUAGACAAGGGCAUAGAUACGUGUCCGGGUGAUUCGGGAGGUCCGCUGCAAAUCCUGAUACCAAAUGAAACUUGCAUGUGGAAUAUCAUAGGGGUGACAUCGUUUGGCCCCAGUAUUUGUGGAAAUAAUGAAGAUUCAGGAGUUUAUACCAAAGUGCCGUACUAUCUGGAUUGGAUCCAGAGUAUAGUUUGGCCUUGAUAGUGGUCAAUUUAUAAGUGAUUUUCAAUGAGACUACAGAUACCUGGGCAAUCUAACUAUGUACAUUUAUGGAGAAAGUUUUGAGAAUCGAACAAAAUAUAUACUUAUAGGUAUGCUGGAAAACUGCAUGUACAAAAGAGAUGACUAUUCGUAGGUACAGGGAAGUUUUGUAAUUGAAUACUGUGAUAAGUUUUAUAGGAAAUACACGUACUUAAGCUUUUUUAA